UCAUUCUGGGUCGCGCGCAUCAUCGCCAGUGUCGCCGGCACUGUGACUUUAAGAGCGAUUUUUUAAGAAUAUAAAUAUAUAAAUAAAUAAUACGUUCAUCCGGUCCAUUGUAACAAACGGCAAAUACAGUGUCAUAAAGCUAAGGGGGUACAAAGGAUCCGCGGUCUCGCUAAAAACAGCGGUUUUUCCCUUCAUCAUGGUGAAGAUCAGCUUUCAGCCCAUCACGGGACAAAAAGCCGAGAAAGAGGAGGGUGAUGGAGAUAAAACUCAGAUAUUCAUACCGCAUUCGCACGUGGAAGAGGAGCUGGUCUUGCCUGUCGGACGGAAACGCUCCUCUCUGAGUGGACUUUGCUGUCUGACAACUGCGCUGAUUGUCUUCACCUGCAGUUUGAUAUACGCUUCAAUUUAUAUCUACCGCUACUACAUCAUUCCUCAGGUUCCGGAUCAGAGUCGCAUUCACUGCCGUGUCGUGUACGAGGACUCGGUGGCUGCUCCACUGCGAGGGUCUCACGAGCUGGAGGAGAGCGUUGGGAUCUACCUGAAGGAGAACUACGAGCAAAUCAGCAUACCUGUGCCCGACUUCAGCAACACGGACCCCGCUGACAUCAUUCACGAUUUCAACAGGGGUCUGACGGCUUACCAUGACAUCGCCUUGGAUAAGUGUUACGUCAUCGAGCUCAACACCACCGUGGUCAUGCCGCCACGUAACCUCUGGGAACUUCUCAUCAACGUCAAGAAAGGGACUUACCUCCCUCAGACGUACAUUGUCCAGGAAGAGAUGGUCGUGACUGGCCGCGUUAAUAAUAUGCAUCAGCUUGGCCGCUUUAUUUACCGUCUGUGUAACGGUAAAGAUACGUACAGGCUCCGUCGUCGCACCUCACGCCGGCGUAUCACCAAGCGUGAUGCGCAGAACUGCCACCGAAUCCGUCACUUUGAGAACACUUUCGUGCUGGAGACAGUGAUUUGCGAGACUCCAUAAGCCGUUCGUCACUUUACCACGCCUAUUUCUGAUGAGACCACGCCCUCUGGUCUCGGUAGCCACACCCCUUUGAAAAUCACACUCUUUACCUCUGACGUCUUUGCACCUCAUUUCUCUCUUUUUGUACUUUUUGUCUCUCUCUCUGUACCGAGUAAUUCAUUACAUCCCUUGACAAUGUCCGAACGGUUUGUUUCUGCACAUUCGCAAUAAUGAGCAUUUUCUAAUCGAUGCAUUUAAAAGUGUAACAGUAGCAUCUGAAGUCUUUAAAUGAGAAGAUUACAUGGGCAUUAAGCUGCACAAUGCCUGCAUGGUCGUACCUGCGUGUAACUGGCUGUUUUGUGCUCCAUCAAACUGCUCUUUGCUCUCUUAUAUAUUCGUGUGUUUUUAGAUCUAUUCUGGGAUAGAGAUGCACCGAAACUGCGGCCAAAAAUACCAUAAACCGACAAAAAAAUCUCUGAAGUGCAAAAAUCGUUUGAUUGUGCUCAAGUCUUCUUUUCAGGAUUAAUAUUCACUUUUCUUUCGGUGCAUCUCCAUUCAUGAAUAUCCUAACUGAUCCUAGUGCCGGUUGAAGCGUACGAUGAAAAAUUGCUUCCAUCAUCACAUUUAUCACACGUGUUUGUUUACUACAUCUCAAUAUCCACUUAUUGCUUCUACAACAUGCUUCCUGUGCCACUUCCUCUUUUCUUCGUUCUCUCUCUGCAUGCUUUUCAAGGCAACACAUGCAUUGUUUGAGUAUUUUCUUAUCAUAUGAGCAAAGCCUUAGGCCAGAUUCACGUCCUGGACUAAUGUAUACAAUCUCAACAGCUCUUCGUGUUUAUGUGUGUGUUGAAGUUGAACCUUGUUUAGUUGGGUGAAGCAAACGUGUAAAUAAACCAGUAAGACCUA